AUGAGUGAAGAUAACUUAUGCAAGUAUAGGGAAGUAUAUAAAGGAAAUGUGAAAAGUAUGGAGAAAAAUGAAAUUCCAUGGGACAUCGGGGGGUCGAUGGAAAAAAUGAAUGGAAAAAAAGUUCAAGGAAGGAAAUCUGAGCUGGCUUAUAUUGGUAGAAAUGCUGUCGACGCAUUUCGGGUUAAUGUUAUACAUGCCCGCCAACAAAUUAGAUUUCCAGUUACAAAUAUUGCAAGGACAUCAUUUUUCCAUAUUAAGAGGGCUAACAUAUGGAUAGCGGCGGUAACUAAACAAAAUGUCAAUGCAGCAAUGGUAUUUGAGUUUCAACUCAAAAUUAUUGAGGUUAUGCAGUCUUAUUUCGGAAAGAUUUCAGAAGAAAACAUCAAGAAUAAUUUUGUAUUAAUUUACGAAUUGCUUGACGAAAUAUUAGAUUUUGGCUACCCUCAGAAUACAGAUACUGGGGUGCUGAAAACAUUCAUUACCCAGCAAGGUAUAAAAUCUGCUACUGAAGAGGAACAAGCACAAAUAACAUCCCAAGUCACAGGUCAAAUAGGAUGGCGCCGUGAAGGUAUAAAAUAUCGUAGGAAUGAACUUUUCCUUGAUGUGUUGGAAUUGUCUCCAGAGGGUCAGGUGCUAUCUGCUCAUGUAGCCGGAAAAGUCGUGAUGAAAUCGUACCUUUCCGGCAUGCCCGAAUGUAAGUUCGGCAUUAAUGAUAAAAUCGUUAUGGAGGCCAAAGGUAAAGGUAGUCUUGGCACUACCUCCGACACAGAUCCAGCUAGAUCUGGUAAACCUGUUGUGGUCAUUGAUGACUGCCAGUUCCAUCAGUGCGUAAAGCUGAGUAAAUUCGAAACCGAACAUUCCAUUAGCUUCAUUCCUCCCGAUGGAGAGUUCGAAUUGAUGAGAUACAGGACAACAAAAGACAUAUCUCUUCCUUUUCGAGUUAUACCAUUAGUGCGUGAGGUAGGACGUACCAAAAUGGAAGUCAAAGUAGUACUCAAGAGUAACUUCAAACCGUCUCUCCUUGGACAGAAGAUAGAAGUCAAGAUACCCACCCCAUUGAAUACUUCCGGGGUUCAGUUGAUUUGUCUGAAAGGAAAAGCCAAGUACAAAGCCUCCGAAAAUGCCAUUGUAUGGAAGAUCAAACGCAUGGCUGGCAUGAAAGAAACUCAGCUCUCUGCAGAAAUUGAGUUGCUCGAAACGGACACGAAAAAGAAAUGGACUCGUCCUCCCAUUUCAAUGAACUUUGAGGUACCGUUUGCUCCAUCAGGCUUCAAAGUGAGAUAUCUCAAAGUAUUUGAACCCAAGCUCAAUUAUUCGGACCAUGAUGUCAUCAAGUGGGUGAGAUAUAUCGGAAGAAGCGGGCUAUACGAAACAAGAUGCUGAAUCUCUAGAGCAAGUAAUGAAAUAAGUAUGAUUUCUUCAAGGAUGCUAAGUUGCUACAGAAAAAAUUUAUAUUACUAUUCUAAAUUCCCUUGAAUAUCUUUGAAGUGAUUAGAUAACAUUGUUGGUGUACGAUUCACGAAUUUUUAAUGUUUUGUUUCAUAUAAAGAAGAAAUUGAUCAGCGUGGUAAAUAGUAAAGAAAUAUUUUCAAAAGCAGUCUAAGAAAUAAUGUUGAUUUUCAAGCACUGGAAUGGCAGGUACUUUCAAAUUAUUUUUCAGUCUGCAAAGUUAUUAAUAAUUUCAUUUUAAAUUGUUAAAGAGGGAUUUGUAGGAAAUGCAAUUUGUAAAUGUUUGUUCUAAGUACAAUUCAACUAAAACAUGUAAAGAACAUAAAAAGUAACAUCUGGAUUGAGGGUAACAAAGGUAUGUGUAAUAAGUGAAUAUGAAUCUUGUAAAAAAUAUAACAUGUUAUUGAUGUAAUUGAAUUAGUUGCAAAUAAUCCUUUAGAAUAGGUAUACUAUUUUUUAUUUAAUCGUGAAAUACGAAAAAAAAUUCGAAUGUUUCACGUGCUUAUUAACUACAUCUGUCAAAUCCAUAUACAAGUAGAUAUGUGUAUAAGUUGCAUAUAAAAAUGCUUUUUAAUGUGAAGUGUUUCAUUUAGAGAUAUGAAAUUAAUUUUUUCGAAGCUGUUCCAACACUUUACUUAUUGCAAAGAUUUGUAGUUACACAUUUAUUAUUAUGGUUAGGUAAGUACAUACUUUAUUUUUCUCAAAAGACCCUCCUAGGUGUCUUAUUUCUUUCAUUUUUCGGAUCAUUUCUUUGAAUGAACCUAAAAAGCUCGACCCUCAUUCCCGUAAAUAUUUAAAGGAAAAUUAGUAUGUUAAUUUUGUGUAAUAUAACUGUUUAAUAAGUAUGAAUUAAAAGAAAUGCUUCAAAUGGU